CUGCCACAGAGCUGCCUCAAGGCCCUUCCCACUCACAGCAGGCCGGGAGAAUCCGCCUCUCCUGCUCGGGCUGCUCCUGUCCUGAAGCGGAAACCUGAACGUGCAGCACUUUUCCCAGGUCUUCCCUGCACUCCGGGCUACCAGACACACGAGAAGAGAAUCAACCCCCCAGCUGUUCGCAACAGCUGUGUGUCCGCUCCAGCUGCCAAGCGGGCCAAUAGGCGAAGAAGGGCCCGCCCCAUCCCCGCCCCUGGUGACGGAGGCGGAGGAUCCCAGGGUGCCCCGGCUUUUAGGGGAAAGCAAACAGGGAAAAGCCAUUCCGUUGUUAGCGUCCGGGCCCUGCAUUUCUCUCCAGUAGCUGCUGCCUCCGCUAGACUGGACGCGCUCCAUCCUCCUUGUCUAACAUCUACCUCAAAACUGCUGGAGGUUGCGGGGCUCCCUCCCUUAAAGUAGGAGGAGGAGGCAGCGGCGGAUUGGUUUGCAAAAGGCAACGCAGUGUAGUUGCAAAAGGGAUUUGACUCCGGAAUAAGAUCCCCUCCCACCACGUGUAAACGCACCCAGGCGCACACUACUCUCCCCGUUUGUUUGCCUAGGGCUGUCCGGCUGGCAGGGCCAGCGAACGACGCGGAAGAUGCACACGACCCAGAAGGACACCACUUACACCAAGAUCUUUGUCGGGGGCCUGCCUUAUCAUACCACCGACUCCAGCCUGCGCAAGUACUUCGAGGUGUUCGGGGAGAUCGAGGAAGCCGUGGUCAUCACCGACAGGCAGACCGGCAAGUCCCGGGGAUACGGAUUUGUCACCAUGGCUGAUAGAGCAGCUGCUGAAAGGGCUUGCAAAGAUCCCAAUCCUAUCAUUGAUGGCAGGAAGGCCAAUGUGAACCUGGCAUACCUGGGAGCAAAACCAAGGAUAAUGCAACCAGGUUUUGCCUUUGGUGUUCAGCAUCUUCAUCCAGCUCUCAUACAGAGGCCUUUUGGGAUACCUGCUCAUUAUGUCUAUCCACAGGCUUUUGUGCAGCCAGGAGUUGUAAUUCCACAUGUCCAACCUACAGCAGCUGCUGCCUCCACCACACCUUACAUUGAUUACACUGGAGCGGCAUAUGCACAAUACUCAGCUGCGGCAGCUGCUGCUGCCGCUGCUGCCUAUGACCAGUACCCGUAUGCAGCAUCCCCAGCUGCUGCAGGAUAUGUCACUGCUGGGGGUUAUGGCUAUGCAGUCCAGCAACCACUCACUGCAGCAGCACCUGGGACAGCUGCUGCAGCUUUUGGCCAGUACCAGCCACAACAGCUGCAAACAGACCGCAUGCAAUAGCAGAUGGACUUCUGAAGAAAGAUGGAUCUCUUUCUUUCUCUUCCUUUCUUCCAGCCUUCCAACAUAAGUAGUUAAUAAGAGACAAUUAACAUUUAACUAAGCAGCUUUAAGAAAAGCUAUGCUACUGCAAAGUUAAAGAUUUUUUUUUUAUUCCACUGUCUUCAUACAGCAUGCAUCCAAAUAAUGUUGCUAUUAGGGAAGGGGUGGGGUGGGAGUACCAGUUUCAGGUAUCAAUUGAGAAGAAACAAUCUAUAAUGUACUGUCAUGAAACCAUGGCAGGAGCAACAAUGGGACUUUAUAUUAAAAAAAAUAAAAAGUAAAUGUGUAUUUUUUACAGUAUCAGGGAAGCAUACUGCCUUUUACAAGUGAGAAAAUAUUAUUUGAAAAAGUUGAAC